AGCCCAAGUCACCGAUGCAAAUUAUACACUCUCCGUCCCGCCGACGACGACCCAGCAGCACCGCAGAAGAAGACCGGAGAGGGAGCGGCCUCGCGAGCUAACGACCGAACCACGCAACUCUCUCUCAUCUCUUUCUUUCUUUCUUUCUUUCUUUCUGUGUCUUCUCCUCUCUCCCCCUAAACCAGACAAAGAUGGCCACCGCCACCACCGCCGCCGCCGCUGCCGAGACCGCCGGCCGGCCCGUGGUCAACUUCAUCACGGGCAACGCGAACAAGCUGCGCGAGGUGCGCGCGAUCCUGGAGCCGGCGGGCAUCGCGGUGCGCAGCGAGGCGCUCGACCUGCCCGAGGUGCAGGGCACGCUCGACGACGUGACGCGCGCCAAGUGCCGCGCCGCCGCCGCCGCCGUCGCCGGCCCCGUCCUCGUCGAGGACACCGGCCUGUGCUUCGACGCGCUGCACGGCCUGCCGGGCCCGUACAUAAAGUGGUUCAUGCAGUCCGUCGGCCACGUCGGGCUCAACAACCUGCUCGCCGCCUACGAGGACAAGUCGGCCCAGGCGGUCGCCACCUUCGGCUUCUGCCGCGGGCCCGGCCACGAGGUCCUGCUGUUCCAGGGCCGCACGCACGGCAAGAUCGUGCCCCCGCGGGGCCCCGCCACCUUCGGAUGGGACCCGGUAUUCGAGUACGACGGCCAGACGUACGCCGAGAUGGACAAGGACGAGAAGAACAAGAUCUCGCACCGCUUCAAGGCGCUCGAGAAGCUGCGCGCGUGGAUCGAGGCCGGCGGCCUGGCCGAGUAGGCCUUCCCCCCCCAGCGCUGGUGGCUCGAUGGGGAAGAGGAGGGGGGUUGGUCCUCUUGGGAGCAACUAGAGCCGGGCAGACAGGGCAGGGUGUUUGCGGAGGGCGUAGAUCUCGUCGUGUCUCUAGAUACCUGCGUGCUUAGACGCAGACGCGUGGCGCAAUGGAUAAGGUCGGCGCCCGAGUUCAGGGGGCGGCGGCUUGUACGCGGCGUGUUUUGUGCUUGUCGGUGUCUGCAUAGCGAGAAAGAAAGGGAGAGAGCGUGUGUGUCAUAAGUCUAGAAUCAUCCGUGAUAGAUGGCUCCCCCUUCUCCGCAGCGUCACGCGCUCGCCAUGCAUAUGUUUUAGGUACGCAUAUAUUACCCAGUGCUGCCCGAAGUGCCUUGCUGCGCUUGCUCUAUACCGCUCGAUAAAACCUGCCAACUGCGUGCCCGUCUCCCUUAAAUAAACG